AAGCCUAGCGUUUAGCACCUCUGCGCAACUGUGCGCGUAGGGGAUCGGAUUUGAAAUGCAGCGGGAUUUAGUGAGUUUUCCACUGUCCCCAGCGGUGCGGGUUAAGAUGGUGUCUGCAGGUUUCCAAACUGCUGAGGAACUCCUAGAGGUGAAACCCUCCGAGCUCAGCAAAGAAGUUGGAAUAUCUAAAGAGGAAGCCUUAGAAGCUCUGCAAAUUAUAAGAAGAGAAUGUCUCACAGAUAAACCAAGACAUGCUGGUACAGCUGAGCCAAGCAAGAAAUGUACAGCACUGGAUCUUCUUGAGCAGGAGCAUACCCAGAACUUCAUAAUUACCUUCUGUUCAGCACUAGAUAAUAUUCUUGGUGGCGGAGUACCCUUAACCAAAACAACAGAAAUUUGUGGUGCACCAGGUGUUGGAAAAACACAAUUAUGUAUGCAGUUGGCAGUAGAUGUGCAGAUACCAGAAUGUUUUGGAGGAGUAGAAGGAGAAGCAGUUUUUAUUGAUACAGAGGGAAGUUUUAUGGUUGAUAGAGUGGUAGACCUUGCUACUGCCUGCAUUGAGCACCUUCAGCUUAUAGCAGGAACACGUAUGGGAGAGGUGCACCCAAAGGCUUUGGAGAAUUUCACUCUUGAAAAUAUUCUUUCCCAUAUUUAUUAUUUUCGUUGCCGUGACUACACAGAGCUACUGGCACAAGUUUAUCUACUUUCAGACUUCCUUUCAGAACACUCAAAGGUUCGAUUAGUGAUAGUGGAUGGCAUUGCUUUUCCUUUUCGUCAUGACUUUGAUGAUUUAUCCCUUCGAACUCGAUUACUAAAUGGCCUAGCCCAGCAAAUGAUCAGCCUUGCAAAUAAUCACAGAUUAGCUGUAAUUUUAACCAAUCAGAUGACAACAAAGAUUGAUAGAAAUCAGGCCUUGCUGAUACCAGCAUUGGGGGAAAGUUGGGGACAUGCUGCUACAAUACGGCUGAUCUUUCAUUGGGAUCAAAAGCAAAGGUUGGCAACAUUGUACAAAUCACCAAGCCAGAAGGAAUCUACAGUACUGUUUCAAAUCACACCUCAGGGAUUUAGAGAUGCUGUUGUUGCUACUGGAUGCUCAUUGCAAACAGAAGGUUCAUUAAAUUCCCGGAAACGGUCACGAGAAUCAGAGGAAGAACAGGAAUCCAGAGACUAGUAUCAAAGUGUGUGUACGUGUGUGUGUGUGUGUGCGUAUAUAUAUGUACAUAUAUAUAUUGAUUCUUUGAAAUGCAAUGUAUACAAGUAGUAGACUCAUUUCUUUAAAAAAUACACACACAGUAUGAAUCAGGAAUGUAUCAGCUAAAAUAUACAUAUACUUAAAUUAAUAUGAUUCUGUGAGUUUUUCUGAAGCAGUGUUCUACAGUUAUAUUGUUCCCUGUUUUCAUUUUUAGUAACAUUCAGUAGGGAUGUUAUAGGUGUUGUAUUUUGCAAAUGUGGAAAGCUGAUCUCAUGUGGCUAGUUAGGCUGUUUUUUCUUUUCUUUGCUAAUUGCCUAGAAAAUCCUAGGAAGAAAAGAUUUUUUAACAUUCCUUUUGUGUUCUCCUCCUUAAGCGUAGCUUUGAUAAUUCUUAAAAUGACCCAUUUUAUUAUUAUAAAGGAAGCCCAGCACUCUGAGUCAGCAUAUCAUUAUAUUCAGUUUUAUGGGUAGGAUACACAUUUUUAGAUGACCAAUCUGGUUUAAGUUACCUCAAUCCUAAAAUCUAAUCCAUUUGUUUAUUUUUAUUUUGUAAUGUUAAAGGAAGGAUGUUGGAACUGUUAAUUCCGUUUAGAAAUUUUAUGGAACAUACAUCUUACAGAACAGUCAAGUCAAUAAGCUCACAGUUAAUUAUUUCUACAUUCUAGAAUUCUAGGUGUAUUGACAUUUUCCUUUGAAUCUUAUACUGCUUAAAUAAGUUAAAAAUUUAGAUUUGGGUUUAAAAAUCAUUAAAAAUGUUUUAGCAUCUGG